UGUUUCUUGACUUUCAUCCGUAAUCUUCUCUUGAUUAUCUCCUUUCCUCUCUCUCUCUCUCUCUCUCUCUCUCUCUGCAAAGAAAAUGACUAUCCUCAUUGAAAAGCCUCAUAUUGAUUUGCAAAUGAUGGACCAGAAAGUGAUGGAGGAGGAUCCCACAGAGUUGGUAUUGGAUGGAGGAUUUAAGGUCCAAAAACCUGUCACUAACACAGGAUUUGAUGCCCCAGGAAUCAAUUCUUUUGGCCAGUCAUUCAGGGACUAUGAGGCAGAAAGUGAGAGGAAGAAGACAGUUGAGGAAUUCUACAGAUUGCAGCACAUUAACCAAACAUAUGAUUUCGUGAAGAGGAUGAGAGAAGAAUAUUCAAAAUUUGAGAGAGCAGAGAUGAGUAUAUGGGAAUGUUGUGAAUUGUUGAAUGAUGUAGUUGAUGACAGUGAUCCAGACUUGGAUGAGCCUCAAAUCCAGCACUUGUUACAGUCAGCAGAGGCCAUAAGGAAGGAUUAUCCUGACCAAGACUGGCUUCAUUUGACUGCUCUUAUCCAUGAUCUUGGAAAAGUUCUUCUUCUUCCUCAAUUUGGAGGGCUUCCUCAAUGGGCAGUUGUUGGAGACACAUUCCCUCUUGGAUGUGCUUUUGAUGAAUCCAUCAUUCACCACAAGUAUUUCAAAGAAAACCCAGAUCACAGCAAUCCUGCUUACAACACCAAGAAUGGUAUUUACAGAGAAGGGUGUGGAUUGGAAAAUGUGAUGAUUUCUUGGGGCCAUGACGAUUACAUGUACUUGGUGGCCAAAGAAAAUGGAACAACCUUACCAGCAACUGCAUUGUUCAUCAUCCGAUUUCACUCCUUCUAUCCAUUGCACACAGCAGGAUCAUACAAACACCUAAUGAACAAGGAGGAUGAGGAGAAUCUCAAGUGGCUACAUAUUUUCAACAAAUAUGACCUGUACAGCAAGAGCAAAGUUCUUGUUGAUGUUGAAGAAGUGAAACCCUAUUAUAUGUCCCUCAUCAACAAAUAUUUUCCAUCAAAGCUCAAAUGGUGAAACAUCGAGGGAGGUUUAUGUACGGCUCCUCGUUCAAUUCUUUCGAAGUCAUUGGAUCUUUAUACUCGUUUGAGAAUCUCCUCCCUUCCUCCAUUCUGUCCUGAAGAAUAACAAGGCCCAAUUCAAUCAUGUUUUUAAAAUGGGUAUCAUAUAAUCAUCUAUCAAUUCAAUGUACAGAUUUUUGUAUGAUUUCAAGGGGUUAUGUGGAAAUAAAAUUGUCUUUCUUGGGUUUGU